UGCCACUACGCGGCGCGUUGGGCCCUUGAGUCAAGUAUUCUAUCUAGUGACGACAAAAACAAAGUAAAUGUGGGGACUCUGGCUGUGUCCCGCUACAUUCAAAUUAGGAAAAUAUUUCCCACUUCAGAUCGUCCAAAUUACCAUGACCAUGACUUCCCUGAACCCAACAGCAAGCUCAAUCCUUCAGGCUAUCUAAUGUUGAGUUCAAAAGAUAGUUCAAUCCCAUCAUCAGUCAAGGAUGAAAAUGGCCGAGACCAUUUGUUUUGCCCUGUUACUGGUAAUCUUCACUUAUAUUUGCGGGCAGUUCGAUUUCAUCCUUCCACAGCCAUAAAUCAUGCCAAUGAUCUGUAUACCAUCAUGUCUCGUAAUAUAAAACCAGUUGUUGGAGUAAUCUCUGACGGAGGGCCAGACUGGUGCUUCAAAAGCAUGCAUAAUAUCUUUAUUUAUGGUCGGCUGUGGAAGGACUUGAAUCUAGAUUAUUUUGGGAUCACACAACAUGCCCCGGGAAACUCCAAGGAGAAUCCAAUAGAGCAUGCCUGGGCACCUCUCUCUAGAGAUCUUGUUGGUGUGACACUCAGACGUAGGACAGAAGGCAUGAGUGAGGUGCAAAAUUUUGACCACGCAAUCACAGAAUGCUUGUCAUAUUGGAAAGGUGGCAAGUACGACGACUUCAUGACAGACAUGACUGGGGUUAUGGGAGGAUCUCUCCCAUUUCCCUACAACGACUUCGAGAACAUCAGGUCAUCUUUUCAAUCACUCAGACAGGAUUCCGAAUAUGCGGACGAGUUCCGUUUUAUUCUGAAUCAUUGCACUCGGAGGUGCCAUGGCAUUGAGUACAUGAAAUGUUUCAGCCAUGACUGCAGUCACUGCACAGCAAAUGUCAUUCAGGCGACCACUUUCAUGCAGCAGAUCCACAAGCAAGGCUGCAUGAGUUUUUCACCUGCACCUGACCCAGCUUUUCCUGGACAUUACCAGACAUAUCUGGACAUGAAGACAAUGACAGUGUAUGACAAGCUUGAUAACUUUUGCCCAAGUAACACACUGGGCUCUUGUGGCUACGGUUGCAGGUAUGUCUUCUUGUCCAACACAGACUGGGAAAGGCAUAUGAAAUUUAUGCACCCCAUUCAAAGGAGAGAAGAGAUGAAAGCGAAAAGAAACAAAAGUAAGUAAGUAAGUAAGUAAGUAUCAAGACUGAUGAUGACUACGACUACAGAUGACACUCAAUUGCAAUCACAGCUGCCAGUCAUAUUUUUUUUGAGAUACUUUUGACUGUGUUUUUAAUGAUACAAAGGUGCAGGUUGAUACCAUGUGCAAUGCUCAGUGACACCAGACAGAAUACAGUGACUCAUGACAAAUUGACAACUGACGAUAAAUGACUUGUACAAAUAAUUAUAAGAUAUAUAUCACCGGGAUAUAGCAAUAUAUCAAUAUAUAUGAUAAAUCACUUGUCACCUCUGGGCCCCCCCCCGAGGGUUUUGCUAUGAACAAACACAGUUGGAGUUUCUAAUAAAGUGAUCCAUCACACACAGGGAUUACUCUUUAUGCUGACACUAUGCGUCGCAAUGAAAUAAUCAUCUGAAAAUAUCUAUCAUUAUUUAUAAACUUACUUUGAAAGGGGAAUCGAGAAAAUGCCACCGCCAAUCACAACAUUUCUGAAAAAAACCCAAAACAAUUUAAUAUGAGAGGCCAGUGACCAUUGUGCUCGCCAUAUAGAUAAUUGGUGGUUAAUAGGAAUUCAUCGUGGUUAAGAAACAUGCACAUGUAUAUUGCUUUACAGUUAGAGGUUUUGCCCCCUGGUGGCCUAGUUGAGAAACAGAUCAAGUGGAAUUUUGGCAUCCGAGGUUUAAUAUCUGACAUUGACGGCAGACAGUGCAGUUUUGUACCUUCUGGUUCAAAUCGAUUCAGUGUAUAUAGCGAUGGUAGAAAGUAGUUCCACUAUUUCUGCAGUGUUUUGUCUGGUAAUUCUGCAAUACUCACCCAUUAUCUACAGAUGUUGCAGUCGGGCAAUUUAAAUUUG